AUGGACAGCCGACGGCCUGGCAGUGCUGGCAUCAGGAGAGAUGACUGGCCACAAUCCACGGCUUCAACCGAUGCCACCCUCUGCUCGUUUAAUUUGCUGUCCUCAUCGACCGUGGCAGCCACUAAGCCCGAAAUGGAGCCUGAGAUCACUUGCUCCUUGCACCCCUGGAUGACACCUCCAGAAGAAUACGAUGUCUCAUCAUCUCAUUAA